GUGACCUCAUGGACCAGGUUGCGUUCGUGAACGCAGCUCGAGCUGGGAGGUUUAGUACAUAUGACACCGUCGUGGGCAUGACUCUCGUAGCAUUCGACUACAUCCUCAACAUUAACAAGGAGCGAAAGUUCAUUUGGGGCAAAGGAUGGGGCCUUGGCAAAAUUCUGUACUUCAUCGUCCGCUACAUGCCCUUCCUCGACUUUCCCAUCUGGCCGUUCGCGGAUUCCUUCGUCGCCGGGGGGAAUCUUCCGAUGGACUGUAACGUCGCGACAUACUUUGUGGUUAUCACGCUGAGCAUCGCAACGUGCGUCUCGGAUGUUGUGUAUGGGCUGAGGACGUGGGCAUUGUGGGAGAGAGGUCGUUGGAUCGGGUUGUUCCUCAUCGUCGCAGGCGUAGCCUUCCACGGAACGGCAAUCGCGCUGCUCGCCACGUCUCCCACGCGUACACCAGUACAACGGAUCCCUCGGUUGGACGGAUGUUUCACCCCGCCUGGAGAUUAUGCACAGACAUCGGCCGCGAUGUGGAAGGCGUUUCUCCUGACGACGAGUUAUCAGCUCGUUUUAUUCAUCGCAACUGUGAUCAAGGGCGUGCAACACUUCACCCAAAGUAAGAUCCAGGUGCUGGAAGGAGUGUUAUACCGGGAUGCGUUCUUCGCGUUCCUGAUUCAGAUAGGCGUCGAAUUUGUCAAUGUCGCACUAGUGAUCAGCACCCAAAGCGUCAACUACUCCCUCAAUGGCACAUAUCGCGCUCUAGUCUCCGUCCUCUCAGCGCGGAUGAUCCUCGAUCUCCGCGAGGCGGCCACGACGCUCGACCCGUGGGAGACGACCAUUCCUGCCGCAGCGCAUCGGCGGGAGGUGUUCGCUUUACAUAAUCGGGAGACGAUCAGGGAACCGAGUAAUGCUUUCACCUCGAGCGAUGGGUGGGGAUGAUAGAAGAUGGAGCUGGGAAGUCGAGGGGCUUUGAUCCGGAACUUAUGCCUUGAGACGGACAAACUCGCAAGUUAAGUCCUCGUUAUUGUGGGGGUUGUAGGGUAUUGGGGCUGGGCUCGAAAUGGACUCCGAGCUGCCAAGGUGGAAUAUGUAUCACACAUCUCUGGAAGAAUAGAAUGGGACAGGUCAAGUCUGAUCAUACAG